UUCUGAAAUGUCAAACAAUUUGUGUCAAAUAAAAAAUACUAUAAAACUCUUGCACUUCUUCAACUUUAACGAUUUUGUAUAAAAACUAUUUUUAUUUCCCCCACAUUUAAUAAAAUAAAUAUGAUAUAAAUGAAGAAACCAAUGGAAGCAACUGGAGACCAACUAAUCUUAGCCACUGGUGGCUAUGACCACACAAUAAGGCUCUGGCAAGCCCACACUGGCAAUUGUAUUCGCACCAUACAAUUCCACGAAUCAUCGCAAGUAAAUGCCUUGGAGUUUUCUCCAGACAAAAGCAUGGUCGCCGCAUGCGGCUAUCAAUGUGUCCGAAUGUAUGACAUGGAUUCCAAUUUCAACAAUCCCCUAAUAUCAUUUGAUGGUGCACAGAAAAAUGUCACUCGUCUUGGUUUCCAAGAAGACUUCAAAUGGAUGUACACUGCCGGAGAAGAUUGUCGGGUGCGAAUUUGGGACAUGGAUAUGUCUUUUGGAUUCAGCACACCGGCAUGCUCACGAGUCUUUGACUGUCAAGCGCCUAUAAAUGCCGCAUGUUUGCAUCCAAAUCAAGUAGAAAUUGCCGUAGGCUCACAAAAUGGUGGGGUCUUUCUGUGGGAUGUUAAAUCUGAAAACCACGAUCAAUUAGUUCCCGAAGUCGAUGCUUCCAUUCAAGACAUUGCAAUCAGUCCCAAUGGAAUGUAUCUGGCAGCUGUCAAUAACAAAGGCAAUUGUUAUAUUUGGACUUUAUCCUCGUCGAGUAAUCAAAAACUCAGUACAUUACAAGCUAAACAAAAGAUCUACGCACACAAACGUUAUGUGUUGCGUUGUAAGUUUAGUCCAGAUUCGAGUUUACUUGUGACCACAUCAGGAGAUGGAACAGCUCGUAUUUGGAAGACGGACGAUUUUGAAAUGUGGCAAGAACUAUCGAUUGACAACUAUUGGAUAUGGGAUGCAGAAUUUAGCGCUGAUUCCAAGUAUCUAUUCACUGCCUCGUCCGAUGGUAUUGCCCGCCUAUGGAAACUAGAAACCAAAAAUGCCGAACGCAAAUAUAUUGGGCAUACUAAAGCCAUUACGGCACUAUCAUUUAAAGAUGAAAUCAUUUCCGAGUAGUAGACGAGGUGUUUGGUAGUAGGUAGUAGUUGUCGGCGAUAGAACUCAUAACAAAAUAAUAGUCAUUCAAUAAAAUGUUUUGUAU